AUGGGAAAUAAAUAAUAAUAAGCCAAAAAGAGAAAUAGCAAUUUGAGUUUGAACAGUAUGGGUAGGUCAGUUUCAACAGCUCCAACAAAUGAGUCAGGUUUAAUUAGAUUUACAACAGAUGGUAGCUUAAGUUCUUCCAUGUUUGGAGGAGUUGAGUUUUACUUUAAUCGUAUGCCUAACCCUGUUAUUGAUGGAAUAUGUAAAUUCCUAACGAUUAAUGAUCUUACAAAUUUAUAUUGCACUAGUAGGUUUGUUUAUGAGAGAUUUUACACAUCUCUUCCUUACUCAAUUGCAUGUGGAAAUUUAUUGUACAAAUAGUAUGAAGACAGAAGAGGCAUUGCAUAAUAAGCAGUACAAACUAAACAUGCAUCUUGGCCACAAGUCCUAGAGGUUUUUAUAUAAAAUAAGUAAUAUAUUCAUAUUUAUCAAAAUGGUAGAAAAUAAAUGUAAAAUCUGCAAAUGAAUCUCAGAUAAGCUUUGUAGAAUGCCUAUCAAUUGCAUAUCAUUUAUCCUCCAUUACUUAUGGAUGAAGUAACAAAAGAAGGGUUGAACUCAGAUUUUUAAAGAUAAAUUAUGCAAAAAUUAUCAGAUAGUUAAGAAUGCCACACUAUUACUGAAAUCCAAAUAAUGAAUUAAACAAGAGCUUAUUUCAAAAAAUCAUCUCUUUAAAAAUAAUAAUUGAUUAAUUCAUUAUUAGAGAUAAGAACAAUAAGAGUAUUCUCUGUAGAUGAAAAGUAACAGUUUAUAAUAAUUAUUUUUAGAUUUCCUCAAUUAUUUAAUAUUUUAAUAAUUUUAUGUUCAUCAAUUAAAUCACUAUUAUAAAUUAUAGCAUUGACUUUUGAAUGUGCAUUGAAUGGAACUGAUAAUAUUGGCCUAUUAGAUUUUUAUCUGUAUAAUUAUUAAAUGUAUUUGAUUUGGAUGCAAUAAAUUGAUGAAUUUGCUACACCUUAUUUAAAAAUGUUUGACAUUAUAUUAUUUGAAUAAGUGCCAUAAUAUGAAUUUCCUCCAUUAACAAUUUAAUGGAUUAUGAUGAAAAUGUGGAAUUAAUGCAUUUAUUAAAAGUGUAAACAUUUUUUAAGAUCUAUUUUUCUUUAAUGGCUUUAAUAGGUAAGAUUAAAUCCAUCUCUUAAAUAUGAAUCAUUUUUAUUAAAAGACUAUAUCUAAUCUUUGAUUGAUCUUUCAACCAAUCAAUUAAAUAUUAGAAUGGCUGGACAUUCAAAAUUUACAUAUAUAAAAGAUUUAGAAACUCUUUUUUAAGUAGUGAUAAAUUAAUCAUUUGAACUUUGGAAUUCUAAAAAUUUUGAUUUUAAAACAGAUAUUAGUGUGCUUGGAUAUAUAUUUAAAAAGCAUAUUUUAGAAAACAAUCUGUUGCAUAACCUUUUAGAAUAAAAAUAUGAAAUUAUUAAAGUAUCAAUUGAAACAAUUAAAUAAAGUUAAGAAUUUUAAAAAAGAACAUAAAAAAUUGAUGAUAAUAAUUAAAUUCUAUCAGAAUAAGCAGAUUACACAUUUUAAUUAUUAAAUAUAAAUAAAGUAUUUUAAAAGAUAAAAUAAAUAAUUAAUGGUGAAGGUAUGAUAGAUUAAAAUAUAAGGUUAACAAUUAAUUAUUAAAAAAAUAUACUUGAUAAAGUAUAAAUGUAUAUAAGAGAUUAUCAUCCUGAUAUAUAUGAUGAAAUUUCUUAACUAGCAAAUCUUGAUGUAACUUCAAGGGAAAGUGUUCAAAUUCGUGAUGCUGUAAUAAUACAUAGAACAAGGUCAGAAAAAUAUGAUAAUCAAUUAGUUUCAUAUGAUUCUUUAAUUGAUGCAGAAAUUUUAAAAUAGUUGAUAAACUAAUAUUUAAUUAACUAAUAAAACAUAUGUAAAAUGUAAAAAUAAAAAACUGAAUUACCAAAAUUACAAUUAAAAAUAAAAGAAUAAAAUGAAACAUUUUUUUCGAUCAACAUAGUAAAUGGAUUAAAUCUUGCUUAAAGUUUAACAGAACAAUUUAUAAGCCAAUAAUGA